ACAGAAUUGAGUCUUUCUCCACCAAUCUCAUAUCAAUAUAGUGUGUUAUGCUCUCUCUUUCUGCUCUCCAUUGGAAUGCUCGCCCUCCUCAGCUUAUUACUUAAUUCAAAUCAGUGUGUAAUCUUUGUAUCAUCCACCCGGGAACUACUUAGUUUAAACAAGUUUAAACAUGGAGGGAACAGAAAGAACAAGAUCCAUAUUCUCUUCGUAAGUUGGACUUGGAGAUCACCAUUCAUCAAUCACUACAUAAACCGCUAAUCACCUGCCCAAACUUCUUGUCCCCUCCAGCCCUCCAGCAAAAUAUGGCACUUUGCAAGAGUAGUAUUAAUGGUGCUGCUGUAAAUCUGUUGCUGCUUGUGCUGCUUCUGUGUAGCUAUUGUUCUCAACUUGAAGCGAAGACCCAUUUGCACAAAUGGGAUGUAAGGUACGAGUACAAGUCGCCAGAUUGCUACAGAAAGCUGGUCAUGACCAUCAAUGGGAGGACUCCUGGACCCACGAUCACCGCCGAACAGGGAGACACCAUCGUCGUCGUCCUAAAGAACAGCCUCGGCACAGAGAACACCGCCAUUCACUGGCAUGGCAUCCGCCAGUUUGGUACACCGUGGAGCGACGGUGCUGAAGGCGUCACCCAGUGCCCCAUCUUGCCUGGCGAAUCCUUCACUUACAGAUUCGUCGUCGACAAGGCGGGGACUUUCAUGUACCACGGGCACUACGGGAUGCAGAGGGCGGCUGGUCUGAAUGGGUUGAUCAUCGUCUCGCCGCGGCUCGGCCUUCCUGAGCCGUUCACGUAUCAUCACGAUCGGUCAAUACUAUUGACAGACUGGUACCACGCCAGCACUUUCGAUCAAGCUGUCGGCCUCUCCUCCGUACCCUUCGUUUUCGUCGGGGAGCCGCAGUCGCUUCUUAUCAACGGAAGAGGGGAGUACAAUUGCUCGCUGGUGGCGAAGACGCCGGCGCCGGGAACCGGGAAUGGGUCCAUCCCCACCUGCAAUUCAAACAGUCCUGAAUGCGCUCCGUUUUCGUUAACUGUUGUCCAUGGCCGCACCUAUCGCCUCAGGAUCGGCAGCUUAGCUUCACUGUCGACUAUUAGUUUCCAAAUAGAGGGCCACGAGAUGACGGUGGUGGAAGCGGAUGGGAGCUACGUGGAACCGUUUGUGACGAAGAACCUCAUCAUCUACUCCGGCGAGACGUACUCGGUCUUGGUGAAAGCGGACCAACCGCCGACGAGGAAUUACUGGCUCGUGACCAGCGUCGUUGCCCGGAAACCCGCGACGCCAAACGGUUUGGCGAUCUUCAACUACUAUCCGAACCACCCGCGCCGGAAUCCUCGCACUUCCCCGCCAGCGGGGCCUCAGUGGAACGACACCGCAUCGCGUUUGUCUCAAAGUCGGGCCAUUAAGGCCCGGAAAGGCUACUUCGAGAGUCCGCCUCAAAAACCGGAUCGGGUCAUCGAGCUGCUCAAUACCCAAAACAAGAUCAACGGCCAAUUUAAAUGGUCGUUAAACAACCUAUCCCUCGCCCUUCCCUCCACUCCUUAUCUGGUCGCGCUGAAGAAAAAGUUGAAGGGAGUUUUCGAUGCAGAGCAGCCACCGGAUCAGGUAAACCUUGACAGCUACGAUAUCUAUGAUGUGGCGAAGAACGUUAAUGCAACAUCUAGUAGCAGAAUUUAUAGUUUGGAGUUCAAUUCAACUGUCGACAUUGUGCUCCAGAACGCCAACACCAUGACUCCAAACAAUAGUGAAUCGCACCCCUGGCAUCUCCACGGGCAUGAUUUCUGGGUUCUGGGGUAUGGGGAAGGGACGUAUGAUUCGAAUCGGGAUCCUCAAUACUACAAUCUCGUGGACCCGAUCAUGAAGAAUACGGUGCCGCUGCAUCCCUACGGAUGGACAGCUAUCAGGUUUCGAGCUGACAACCCAGGAGCGUGGUUCUUCCAUUGCCACAUUGAGUCUCAUUUCUUCAUGGGAAUGGCAGUGGUGUUUGAAGAAGGGAUCGGAAUGGUUGGACGUCUGCCUUCCUCCGUUAUGGGCUGUGGCAAAACCAAGCCCCAUCGCAGCCUGGGAUAAGAUAACUACUGGCCAAUUUCCUAUGUUGUGCACUAUGCUUUGCCUUCUCUGGAUUGCAGAUUUAGACUAGGUAUCCUGAAAACCUGACAGAUGAGAUCCUUAUGUAAGUUAUAGCGGAAAUAAACUUUUCACAUGUAACAGGCAGCCAGCUGCAGCUGCUGAUUGCUGAGUUCAGACUGCAUCUCUAGCUCUCCAUGUUUGAGUAGAGGGAUCAUUCUCAAUAGCAAAUAGCAUUCCCUUCACAACUUUCGGAAAUGAUUACUUCAACUCAUCAAGACGAAAGAGAAUGAUACAAAAGUAAUAACAUAAUGAAAAAAAUAAAACAAU